GCGUCUGAGAGAGGGAGUAUAAGAGAAACCAGACAGAAAGAGGGAAGGAGAGAGAUGUAUUAGUAGGGGGGGAAACAGUCAAGGAUAGACACCCCCCGUGGGAUGGAGGGGGGGAACUAAGUCGAGAUCCGGUCAAUGGCGGAGUCUGUCAGUUCCCCGAAAUGGAUGCAAAUCCCCUUGAGCGAAUUAAGGUAUCAUUGGAAGCCAGAUGAGGAAGGCCAGAGAGGGGACGAGGCUCGACGAUUGGAUAGUUGGCGGCAGAGAAAAAGGAAUGAAGAAAGCGGCCCCCGUGAGUCGGUCGGGGUUACACUGACGGCGACGAUGGUAUCGAUCCGAUCCCUCAGAAGGGAGUCUGGCACGAGGAAUCCAAGGCAGGCGGAUCAGGGGUCAGCCUCGGAAGACGGCUGGAGAGCGGAGGGGAAACGAGGAGAAGGCAGCGAGGAGGUCGAGGCGAAUGCGAAGCGGCAGAUGUCGUUGUAGAUAUCUGGUGGUGAAGGAACCCCGUCGGAGGGGAAGAAACACGGAGAGCAGAAGAAGCAAUGAGCUGAUGAUAAGAUCAGGAGAGGCUUGCCAUUUCCUGGAGAAACAAGCAAAGCAGGUCGUGGGGGGGAUUUCUUUUUGCACCGUGCC